AUGAAUUUUCUCAAGAACUCUUGGGCAGCUUUAGCAGAGGAAGAGGAGGUUGUAGAUUCUGUGGAUUUUAUUGAUAAUGGGAACAAGGGAGCUUUUUCUAAUGCAAUUUCUAAUUUUAAAAAGAAGGCUAAAAAUACGAUGUCGAAUCAGAAGUAUGCGAACAAUUCUUCUCUUCCUUCUCUUUGGUGUUUCUGUAAGUUGGAUAUUAACCCGACGUUACUGGCUUCUUCAAAUCAGUAUGUUGCUUUUUCUUUUGAUUUGGACGGGAAGUUUUUGGCCUCGACAGCGGUUUAUGCCUCCAAUAAUAUGUAUCGGAGGAAAGUCUUGUGGGAUGAUCUUGUUAAUCUGUUAGUGUUACAGUCUCUCCCUUGGUCUUUUUGUGGUGAUUUUAAUGCGAUCAUUGGUGAUCAUGAGCAUAGUGGCAGUCAUGUUUUGGCGAAAGGUCCUAUGAGGAAUUUUCAGGUUUGGACAGAUGCGAACCAGCUUAUCCAUGUCCCCAAAAAGGGAGCUCUUUUUACUUGGUCCAAUAAAAUGUCUUAUCCUUUUCUCAUCGAGAGGAGGUUAGAUAGAGUCAUUGUCAAUCGAGCUUGGCUGGAUCUCUGUGUUGGUAAUGUUGUUUGUACUCUUACGAAGUUGCUAUCGGAUCACUUCCCCCUUUUGUUUGAGUUUUCAGUCUCUUCCUCUAAAGCGGCUUCACAAUUUCGCUUCUUGAAAACUUGGAUGUUACAUAAAGAUUGUGAGAAAUUAAUUGCGGAUUGUUGGAAUCAUAUGGUUGCGGGUUGCCCUCUUGAGGUUAUUGACAGGAAGCUUAAAAUUUUAAAGAAGGAGCUUCAAAUUUGGAAUCUUUCCUGUUUCGGUAAUGUGACAGAGAACAUGUUGUUAGUAGAAGAGGAGCUGAACUGGAUUCAGUCUGGGUCAGUAGGGGCUGGUGGUAACUUUAAUAUCUUGGAAAAAGAAGCUCAGAACCGGCUAUCUAUUACGGUGGACAUGGAGGAAAGCUUUUGGAAGGAAAAAUCGAGGAUUAAGUGGCACCUGGAGGGUGAUAGGAACGAUGUUUUUUUCACCGUUUGGCUAAAAUUCGAUUGUUUUAUGGUUGAUGAUAAUAUACCCUGUAUGGUUACUGAAGAGAUGAACAAAAUGCUCACUAUUCUUCCCUCUUUGGCUGAAAUUAAAGCAACAGUUUUUGCCCUUAAUGCUGACAGUGCUCCUGAUCCAAAUGGGUUUGGCGCAUUGUUCUAUCAUUCUUACUGGGAGAUUAUCCAACAUGAUGUUGCGGCGGCGGUGGUUAAUGCGGACUCUUUGGAUCUUUUUCGGCCUAUUGCGAUAUCUAAUUUCAAGUUUAAGAUUAUAUCAAAGAUUAUUGCUGUUAGACUUGCGGAUGUUAUGCCGCAGUUCUACAUCGUUUCGAUUUCAAUGGCAAGUUCUGUCAGUGGAUUAAUUGUAUUUUGCAAUCUGGCUGGAUUUCUAUCUCGGUUAAUGGCGCGCUUCACGGUUUCUUUAACUAUACGGGGGGUGCGGCAAGGCGAUCCUCUAUCUCUGUUUUUAUUGUGUCUUACGGAAGAAGUGCUAGGUAGACUUAUAAGUAAGAUGGUGCUAGCAGGUUCUCUUUCUCUGAUCAGAGGGCCUAAUAACAUUAAGGUUCCUUCUCAUUUAUUUUAUGCCAACGACGUGUGUAAAGGUAGUGUUGCAAAUAUCAAGUCUCUGAUUAAGGUUUUUAAGGCUUAUGAAGUAGUAUCUGGACAAUCUGUUAACUGCAGUAAGUCCUCUAUUUUCGGUAGUGCGAUAUGUCAAUCUCGUCUGAAUAUUCUGUCGACUUUGUCUGGUUUUGACAUAGGGAAUUCUUCGCUUAUUUAUCUCGGAGUUCCUAUUUUUAAGGGGAAGCCUCGUUCUAAGUUUCUUCUUCCUAUCUCCGACAAUAUUAUUCUAAAGCUCGCGUCGUGGAAAGGUUCUCUUCUUUCUUUCACGGGUAGAGUGGAAUUAGUAAAAUCUUCGAUUCAAAGUAUGCUUAUUCAUUCUAUGUCCAUAUACGAUUGA